UGAAAGAAGCUUGUCAGCAUCAGCAGCAACUUAUAAAUCUUGAUGUUUGAACGAUAAAUAAAUAUGAUACUGAGUAGCAUGUAGGUCUGAGCGUACGAUAUGUCUGUUAUAAAUUCGGCCUAUAUCAUCAAAAUGUCACUCGUCAGAAAUUUGAUUUGUAUAAAGUGAGAAACGACUCGAUGAAAAUAUCUUCUAACAGAAAUGGUAUCGUUAAGUAACGUUCUGAAAGCCGUAGAGGCUUUAAAAACAACCCACGAAUUGAACGCACUCCUAUUAGAUUCAAGCACCAGGAAAGACAAGGUAGCAUGUUGCAUGAUAAUAGCGGAAGGAAUGUGUUCCCCAACUGUCAAAUUGGCACCAAAAUUUCCUCAGGUUCUUAGCGUUUCAAUUGAAACGUUAUUAAGGUUAUGCAAUGAUGAUGAGUCCGAUGUCAGAAUGAUAGCAGAUGAAACUUUAAAUAAGAUCAUAAGGGCAAUGACUGACAGUAACAUUGUCAAAGUUCAGUUAGAACUUUACAAUGAAAUUAAAAAAAAUGGACCAGCUAGAACAUUAAGGGCUGCUCUUUGGAGAUUCGGGCUUCUUAGUCAUAUGAUUCGCCCUAUAAGGGGAAAAGCAUAUGUAUCUAAUCUAAUACCAUGCAUAGUAGUCAUUGCUCACCGGUCUGAAGAAGCUGUUAUUGAAACGUUGUCUCAAUCAUUACCUUUAAUUAUGAAAGCUCUGGGGCCAUUUAUGACAGACAAUGAUGUUAAGAUCUUAUUGAAAGCAUUCUUUAUGAAUGUGUAUUUCCCAUCAGCAGUGUUCCGAAGAGCUUCUGCAAACAUGAUUCUAGCAACAUGCUUAAAUUGCAAAAAGCCACAAUUUUUUUUUAAUUAUGUAUUAAAUUAUCUAUUAGGUAUGAUAGUGCCUAUAAAUGAGCAUGCUAGUCGUGUAGCUAUCAUUGGUAUAUUUGGUUGUGUAAGACUAAUUUUGCCACACAUAUGUAAUAUUGGAGAACUUCAAGACGACGAGACCAUGCAAAUUAACAGAUUGUUGCAAAUCUAUGAACUAUGUUUACAUUAUACAAAAUGGCACUCUGAUCAUAAUGUUGUGAAUGCUGCUCUGGAAACUUUGACUCAGCUUUUCAAGUCACCCCCAAAAGCUUUGGUGUCUUUAUUGUUAUCAAAUCAUGGUAUAAUGUGUAGUAGGAUAGUAUUAAAUCAAUGUGAUACAAUGUUAUCCUUAAGUCAAAUGAGUAUCUCAAGUGCUACCACCAGUUGUGGAGAAAAUUCGGAAUCUACUUUAAAUUCACUUGAAUCUGAUACAUCGGAAAUGAAUCCAGAAAUCAAACAAUGUAUAUUGGAUGCUGAGGAUACAUCCACAUUGGUUCAGAAUAUACAGGCUCAGAAGGAAUGUGGAAGCGAUGUUGUGGAAAUGAAAGGAAACGAACAGGAGAUCUACAGUGGUUUGAAAAUUGGUGUUGCUGAUAAUAAGGCCGUAGAAGAGGGUAACGAUUUUGGGAACGAAAUAGAAGAAACAGAGAAAGUUCAUCCAAGUUUACAAAACGACGGAAAAGAAGUAGAUAUCUCGAAAAAAAAUGCAUCGCCUAUUGGUUCUCCUAAAAAGCAUUCUUUGGAGUUUUCAUUCCGCGAAAUGGAUAUUGGAACUUUCACGGACUCUGAUAUACCCCUAAAAUUUUGUUGUCGUUAUUUGGUGUCAUCUUUUCUUUUAACCGGCAACGUUGGCCAUAUAACGCCAGAUAAAUACUUUCGCGUUAGCGUAAAAUCCCUUGCUUUGAACUGCCUGGCUUCUAUCAUAAAACUUUGCCCGAAUCUGUUCUUAAUGCCUGUUUCCAAAGAAUCGAGUAACACUGAAACCGAACAAAUGAUAACAGAUAUCUUAUUGUUUGCAAAUCAUCCAGAUCCUCAAAUUAGAGGUAAUAUAUCGAUCAUUAUUGGCACAUUCUUAAAGUCUGUAUUUACCCAAUAUGGUGGAUCUUUCAAAAAUUUUGAAACUGAAGUCGCGAAAACGAAAGCAUAUAGCAAUGUAUCGUUAGAAAAUUUGGUGAAGUUACUCUUACAGGGACUAGAAGAUGAUUCUGCUACAACGUGUCGACAGACGCUAACAGCGCUUAGUUUAUGUCUACCGGAAUUAUUAGAAUCUGUCGACAAUCAUCAUGGAAUUACUCUGUUAACCGCAUUGCCUCAACUAGUAAAGAAUCCAUAUUUUCUGGUGAAAAUUAAAUUAGCAGAACUCUUAAGUGAAAUAUCGUAUGUUACUAUUGAACAUAUAACUGGUGGAUCAAUGUUUCAAGAAUACUUCACGAAUGUUAUCGUAACGCUGUUAGGCGAUCCCGAUCAGAGAAUUAGACACGCAGCAUCAGAUGCUAUCGUGAAGAGCAUUCCCUUGUUAUACUUUCAACAAUCGCAAGAGGAUGUUGUUACAAGAAAAGCUGUGCAAUACGCGGAACAGUUUUUAAGUGCCGUAAGCCGAAGUAGUUUAGAACUGUCGUCUUGUCAAGAGAAACAAAAAUUAUUUGUUAAGACGACUAUACAACCAUUUGCUUCGUUAAAUUUUCAUAAUGGAGCAUACUAUCAUCCGAAUGCAGAAUACUCUUUGUCUGUUAUAGUGAACAUGUUCGCUGAAAUUCUUGCAGUACAAUCGUCCAAAUAUUUAGUGUAUGGUUGCUGCGAAGCUCUGUUCCGUUUAAGCGUUGCAUAUACUACUACAGUAUAUAUUCGGGGAUGGGAUUGCAUUUUACCAAAGACAUUGUUGAAGAAGUCUCAUAAAAAGAAUGGUAGCCGGUUAGACAUUAACGAAACAAACUUUACAAGCGACAUGAUGCUAUCUUCAGUUAGUAACGGUCUCUUGUCUUUAGCUCUGCCUUUGCUCUCAUCGUCUCCAAUAAGUCUAGAUUUGUCGACACACAGGCACCUGAUUCUACUUGCUGGCAAUUUGGCGUCAGGUCUGGCUUUCUGCAAUUUCAAACCACAUGAUCCAUCCAAAAGUUCGGGCACGUUCAGAGACAAGCAAAUAGAACUGCUGUUGACGCACGUUGUCAGGGUAUUGAAUAUAUUUGUUCAUAUCAUUGACGACGUCCAGUUAGCGCAAUCGAGCACGAAGUCGACGUUAACGACAUUAACAUCCACGCAAACGUUGUCCCCGAAGAAGAAGGUAAUCUUUGAACAGAAGUCGAAGGAGAAGGGAGAGCGAUUCGGAAGCUUGAAGUUCGGGAAAGAGCAAAUGGGCGCGUUCGUCUCGGUGCCUCAUUACAUGAAAAUGUACGACAUCCUUAAAGCGGCGCACUUGAAUUACUUGGGCACUUUGGAGCCAGAUGCCAGUGAAAUGUACUUGUCCUUGUUGAACGCAGUCCUGGAUGUUCUCUCUCAGAUUCUUGAAAUAGUGUCUUUCAAUGAGGUAGCUCAGAUCACAGAGGAAACAUUAUAUUAUCUACAAAGUACCGUCGUUCUUUCACCAACCGCGACUGUCCAGUGCGUGCAGCAGCUAUUGAAAUGUUUGUGCAGCACAAAUGUGUACGCACAAUGGAACGAAUCGGAGGGGCAAAGAAACACCGACAGAAUCGUUAUAUUAAGGGACGACAUUAAAGGAUUCUACAACCAUUGUUUUCAAAAUCCAGCUAGGCAAAUGGCAGAUACGAUCAAAUGUAUGGGGAACAAUUGCAGAGGUGAAAAUGAACCGGAUACAGGAUGGGUGGGAUUGUUACGCAGAAAAGGGGACAGAAAAUUCUCAUCGGUCUUCAAGAAUUUAUCCCGUUCGAUGGAUCAGAAGACAUCGAUAGCUUCGUUUAUUCGUCUCUUCGAGCCGAUGGUGAUAAAAUCUUUGAAGCAAUACACCGUGACAAGUAACGUGCUGCUGCAGUGUCAAGUGUUAAUGCUGCUUAGCCAGCUGGUGCAGCUUCGUGUUAAUUACUGUUUGUUGGACUCCGAUGGAAUAUUCAUUGAAUUUGUGUUGAAGCAAUUCGAAUUUAUCGAAGAGGGCCAUGUACAGCAGACGGAGGAUCUUUUGCCGGAGAUCUUCAAUUUUUUGGUACACUUGUCCUACAAGAAAAAUCACUCGAAGACCAUAAUAACUGUCCCGAACAUUAUCCAGUUGUGCGACGGUCUGAUGGCCAGUGGGCAACCUGCGCUCACGCAUUGUAUACCGGCCAUUGCACCGGUCGUCGAGGACGUGUUCCUGAUACGUAACGCGAGCUCGAAUCCGAUAGAGCAGAGGGAAUUGGAAACGACACGGGAAGUGUUGAUCUCGAUGCUGUUGCGUCUCGCGGAGUAUUAUCAGAUCAUCGAAUUGUUGGCGUUAUGCCUCACGGAGUCUCGGUUCAGCGGGGACGGCAACGGCGAGGAAAAAUGGCGGAGAUGGUCUAGAAUGACAAUGGACACCGUUCUGCCGAUGUUGACCGCCGGCAGGGUACAAAUAGAAUCGGAGAACGCCCACGUUGCGUUGAUCAAAUUAUUCGCCGCGAUAUCCCCGACAGUCUUCAGGCCGGUCGAUCCACUAUUGAAAGUGCUUCUGGUUAUACCCGAGGACAACUUGAUCGCGUCGAGUUUGCGGUUAAAACGAUGGCUUGGAAUGAUCAACGUCGUCCUACUAUCGUUGAUCUCCUGCGCUAAAGAAGAGGCGAUGCUCGCACGGUUAUCCGAUCUGAGCGCGAACAUGACCGAAUUCUCGCAAUCGUUCCUAUUCCCGGAAUCCUCUUGCAGUAGGAUGGAUCCGUUGAAUGUUUUGGGCACGCGAUCAAUCGACGUCCCACCCGAGAGAAUACUGGCCAGAUUCAUUUUCAAAGUGAUCAGCUGGGUCGGCUCCAAGGUGUACAGUCUCCUAGGUCUGAUCGAUCACAGGAUCAACGAUCCGUAUGUAAAGUUCGUCGAGUCGUUGGAAAACGACCGUUACAUGCUCCAGCAAUUCGCAUUUUUCCUCCAGCUCUGCAUUCACAUGUUCGAGUCCGGCAGUCAUUGCAAGGUCGCGAACGCGACGAUGCAGAUGAUUCAAGGUCGCAACGUGCCCGAGGAAGAGAAACUGCCGAUCGGCGAUCUGAAUUACUUGAUGCUGAGCAUUGGGAACAGUUGUCCGACGUUAACGUGCCAAUGGAUCUAUCUGAUGACUCUGUUAGGGUACAACGAAAUGACAUUCUGGUCGAAGGUGCUGGCCACUCAACGCUCGGAGUACGUUGUACAUUCGAUCCUCGUUGACGGGAAGAACACCGAUUGUUCUAGCAGCAUCAACAUUCGGAUCAUCGGUAAAGGCGGUAUUAUAUUGUUCUGCGACUAUGUAUGCGAGAAUUUGAACGACGCGGAGCCGCUGACGUGGCUGCUGGUCAACCACACCGAGGAGACGGUGAACAAUGCGAUCGAGAGUCCCGCCCGGGAUCUAUUAACCGCGGCUGUACACAGAAAUCCGGCGGCUAGCGGAUUGCUGGUGCAGGCGAUCGCGACCAAGUGUACGGACUUGUCGCGGCCGAGUUUCGUCAAGCGGCUCCUACAAUGCAUAGAGGGCGCCCAUCAUUCGCAAAGCGGAGCGGUUCUGAUGACCUUGAUCCCGCGAUUAUUGUCCACAAAGUAUCUGGCCUUGUCACGAAUGGCGGCUAAAAUAGCUAGUCGAAGAGUGGAGAUCCUAUUGACCACACCAGUCGCGGAUGUAACCAAGCAGCUGGCCAAAGAAGAUUUCAUCAAGAUCAUGGAUACUCUACAAACGACGAAACUCGCGAAGAAGCACGGAUCUUUGGUCAGUCUUUUGAACAAGCUCGGUAUACAAUACUACGAUCUGUCGCCGUUAGAGCUGGACCAGUGUAGACCGUUCAAUCCAUCCACCGUCAAGAGUAUCCAAUUGGAUCGUAGUUGGUUUCUAUCUCAGGUGAAAUUACGAUGUUGCUGUCCGAACGUCGGUCACAACACGUCCGAGGCGGCACAGUUGUUGGAGAAUUUGAAUUACGAGGACUGUCUCGGCAUCCUUACGUGCAAAGAGUUCAAUAUCGCGAUCCUGAAGUCCUGUAUAAUAUUAGGCGCGCGCACCAGCGUGGAGAAGUGCCAGAAGCUCGAGUUCGGCGCGGCCCAGAACGAGAAAGACUUCAAUUUCGAGGCGAGUCCGUUGUACAGCGCGGCAAAGCAAUGCUUGCUGGAGCACGUCCGUUACGUCGUCGAGUUAAUGCCGAAACCCCAUCGGAUCUACGAUCCCGAGCAGCCGAGCGUCAACUCGAAGGAGACGAAAUACGCGAUUCGUCUCGGCGAGUUGUUAAACGAGUCUAUGUAUUGGGACGUGUUGUUCAUGCUGAUACCGGCCGUGAAGCUUUACAUGCGAACGUUGCCGAAAUUGGCCAGAUACGAUCUAGGGAAAAUCGACAUCAGGUCCGAGGAGGAUCUCGCGAAGUUCUCGGUUCUCUGUCUGGAGACCACGCACUGGAUGAUACGCUCAGAUACGAAAAAGCUGAGACCCCGGGACAUGGAGCUGGCGUUGAGCUGCGCCUCGGAGAUCUUGAAGCACCCCGGGCCGUGCAAAGUGCUCGGGGACAGCGCGCGAUACUCGUGGGUCUGUACCGCUGCCGCUUCAUUGACGAGGAUCGUCGAGUACCUCCUAACGACACUAGACUCUUUGCCGGUUAUAGAUGCACGGGCUUUACAGCCGGCACUCGAGGACGUGGAGACCAAAGAUUACGCUCAGGCCUGCGUCCGUAUGGCGGCCCUGGUCGCCUGGCUGGAACAGUACCGGAAGGAAGGAUCGUCGAAUAACAUACCGGAGUCUCUGUUCACGACGAUCGAAGACCUGAUCGUGAACGUCGGCCGGCAACCGUUGUGCAACUCGUACGUCCUGACGCCGCCGUUGGUCUGGAAACAACACUGGGACCUGCUCGGUUCCGGCCCGACGAAAUGUUACAUCCCGUUGCUGCCGUCCGAGUCGAAUCUGUUGCUGGAGGUGGAGAUUCUUGAGCAGUUUAUUUACAGGAUCAAUCUGUUGGGCUGGAUCUCCCGGCCGCAGUUCGAGGAGAUCUGGAUGGCACUGUUGGGCGUGCUGAAUCUAUCGCAGAACGAGCCCGUGGUCUCCGACGAGAUACCGACGUUGAUCCAAGCGAGCAGCCGGGCCGUCCUAGCGAUCACGCGGCUGCUGUUGCAGACGUUGUAUCUUCCGUAUCCCGGUAACUCGCGUGCGUCCACGCUGAUCCAUCAUCCGAGGGAUCCCCAGCUGUCGGUGCAUAAGGUCAGCACGCAGAAAUUGCACGCGAUCCAAGAUCUGCUCGCGUGGAAGUACGAGUGCAUGAACGACUUCGAGACCAUCGACGGUCGCUUGAAGAUGGACCACGUGUUUCACCGUGGAAACGUCGAGAGGGUCACCAGCACGAAUAGAUACACCUACAGCCAGCUAUCGGUGUCAUAUCUGUGGUCCAUGUGCAACUUGUACGAAGACAAGCUGAACGCCUCGGUGCUGAACUUGAAGAACAGGCGAAACGACGCCCUGAUGUCCUCGUCCCUCGAUCUGGACUCUUGCCUUCGGUUUCUGGUAGAGCUCUACACCACUUGGAUGUCACCUCAGAACAACACGCCCGUGCAACUGCUGACGGAGACGGUCAAGUCUGUUCUAGCGAUUUCGGAGUUGUUCGUGGAACGGGGCCAGCACCAAUGGAUGCUGGACACGUGCUUGGAGAUCGCGAGGGUUCAUACGGUAGAAAAUGUGAUUCUGCAUCAGUACUUGGUGGUGUGCGUAUGCAAGGCGGCUGCUGUCUUGACACCGUUGGAUUUCGAAACGUUGGACAAAGUCAAGCGACUGAUCGAUAUCAACUUGAAGUCAGGUUUCUUACCCGCGAGGGUUGCCGCUCUUCACGGUUGUAUGUACUUGCUACAAAGCGCGGUGCUAACGAACUGCGAGGAAACGAUGAACAUCGUUCACCCACUGGCGAUCGAGUAUAUACAGAAGCAUCUGGAUGCUCAGGAUUCGAACAGUGUGCUUAGUCAAAGCGAGGAGCAUCAGGCCGUUAUGUGGGCUCUGGUGUUCUUUCUGCUGGAGCACGCGGAGGACACACCGCCGGAUACGGAAGCUCCAGCCGUACUGGAAUUAGUUCUCACCUUGCUGACCUCCCAGAAUAUUUCCUCGAGUUUGCAUCAGACCCUUCUGCAGGGACUCGAGCGAUUGGUGAUCACGAAAAGCGUGAUCGGAAAGGUGGCCGAGCAGAUAGUCAAGGUGGCGAUCGACCGACUGAGGCAACCCAGCCCGAUGUUAUCGUUGCCCGCGUUGCAGCUAUUGCUCACCAGUAUGUACACGGAAGCGGCCGACAGGUUGAACCAACCGGAAAUUGAGGAACCGUUGCCGGACAUAGAACCGGAGGCUCUGGUCCGUUCGAUAGAACGUACCUCGGCGAUUUUCGACAAGAUCAGGAAAGGAUAUUCCAUGGAAGUGGAGUUGCUCUGUACAGUUCUGUCGGGCGCGCUCGGCGACUUCUUUCCGCCGUCCGAGAUCCUGACGAAAGUCAUAGGGGAAUUUCUGUCGCCGCAACAGCCGCAUCCGAGAUUACUGUCCGCCGUGGUCUUCAAAGUCUGCGAGAGAGCGUGCACCUGCGCCCAAAUGGAGCUUCUCCAGGACUGGGUGGUGUUCAGUUUGCCAAAUUUCAUUCAAAGUUUACCGGUAACGAUGUCGACCUGGUGUUUGUCUUGCUUCUUCAUUAGUUCGUCGACGAAUCAUUGGUUGAGAGCCAUAUUUCCGUACGUCCAAUCGAGGAUUGGAAAAUACGAAUACGAGGACAAAAAAAUACUCUGUAUCGCUGCUUCGGAUUUUUAUCACAAUUUAUCUAAAGACACUCAGAAGAAGGCGUUCGUGGAGACGUUCGAAGCGGCGGCGAAGGAGCCGGGAACUCCUUUCGACGAUAUUUUAGCAUCGUUUUAGAUACAGUCUUGUUGACUAU